AUGCAGACAACCACCUACAUUCCUCAAUCUCAGGCACUGAUAAUAGCAACAGAUCGCUCAGCCGCCCAGUCUCAGGUCGUAGGCUAUAUAGGCCGCUCAAUGAACAUCUGGUUUCUUCAAGCGGGCCACGCGAUUGGCGAAAAAGUGAAUAAUCUCACUGCGAAGAUCAUUCGUCUGGGACCCCACCCUUUACUGGAAGAGAUAAAGACGAUCUUGAAAGAUGGGAUUGAUCGGAUUGAUCGGUUGAAAAUGAUCCGCCGCGAGAGUCCUUCCUCGGGCUUGGAUGAGGAAAAGGUGAUCAAGCUUUUACAAGGGAUUUUGGAAUACACCAGCGAAAAGGAAUUGCCUCGGACAAAUGAGCAAGCUUUCGAGUGUAUCGUGGAUAUCGUCACCCUCUUCCCAGGAAGCCGCCGCCUGUUCCUCAGGACACCAUUCUUCGCCAAUCGGAAGCGCACAUUCGGGCCGUACUUUUGUCAGGACGAUAUCUUGAAGAUCUGGAAAUGGGGGAAUGGAGCUGCGAAAAAGCACUGGACAUAUUGGUCCAACGUCGCUAGUCUCGCGCUCUCGCAUUCACAAACUUCCACGUUGAUGGAGACGAGUCGUCUGGAUGACCUCGUUGGGGGUAAUUCGGAAGGUGCGGGACUGUGCGGGAUACAGCAAUUGAUCGUCGGUCGUGCCGACACUGAUUCCAGUCACGGCGUCUUGAUAGUCCGAUUCCUCUACGGGCUCGUGGUUCUUCCCACGUUUUGGGAGGUCCAGAACGCCGAGCGAGCCGCAGUUGCAGACACGGGGAUCGAUGCGGAGGAAGUGCGCGAGGGUGAGGAAUUCUUCGAUGACGACCCCCCAUUCGAUUAUGAAGGCGUGGACUGUCUUUGCCACGCGCUGCUCGUCGGCCUUUCUCGCUGGAACCCGCUCAUCCUGCACACGCGCCAAUCUGAGCCCUGGUUUUCUUUAUUCCUGCAGAUCAUCGGUCUGCUUCUUCGCCCACUCGCACUCAGCUUCUGUCCCCAAUCUGCAGAAUUUGCCAAGAGUGUAGAUCUCUCCCUUAUGGAGUUCCGCGAAGGGACCGUCGUGCAGGCUGUGGAAGUGAACAUUGAAGUCCAGCCGGAAGAUUUUUAUUCGGAACGGACCAACUACAAUCGAGGUAUACCAGAAGCCCGAGACAUCGAGCCCGCACCGGAAUCGUCUCCCCCGCAAUUUUCCGAUGACAAGGAAGCCUCGAUUGAUGACAAGGAAGCCUCGAUCGAUAGUCUGGAGGGAGCUGACUCUGACACUAUGCCGCCUCCCAUACCUCAGAUUGGAUCUUCGGUAGAAAUGGAGAACGAAAGCCCACCACACCCCGUCACGGUCGACGACGUCGCGGAUCGGACCAGAAACGGAGAGAAGCAGUCGCGUCUCUCUCGUCCUCCACCUAGAGAAGGAUGGGUCCGAUGGGCAAGGAAGACAGCGAAAGCGAUUUUGGGGGAAUAGACACGGGGUGGCUCGAGAUUCACAUAUCUGGA